UUUGAAUGAUGUUGGUAAGAUAGAUUUGUAGCGAAAUUUUACAUUUGUGAAAUUUUAGUGAUGUCGUCUUAUUAGGCGAGAUCUCUUGAACAGCAUACAGAUGAAAAUAUGCGUAGAUCAGUAUGUUUUCUAAGACUCACAGAAGAUCCAACGCUGUCCUAUGUGAGCUUGGCAACUUAUGAGUACCUGUCGUGUUUCGUCUGAUGCCUAACGUCAUGUGGGAAGUCAGUGGAUAUAGAUGGUCAAUAAGACAAGACACAAUGAAGCCUGAACGAGAUAUCUCUAGACUAUCAUCAUGUAGAUAUACAAGCGAUUCACAGAGCGAGACAUCGAAAUGUAUUUUUAAAAGAGCUGCGAACCUCUACAGAUGCUAUUAUAAAUAUAUCCCAAUGAAUAAGAGACAUCACACUGACAAACUUCUGAAGACAAAGUCGGAUUAUGAUUAUGAGCGAAAAGAUUUAAUUUCUGAAAUCGUCUGUAUUUUGGACAAAGAUGACUUCACAGAAAACUUAGUAAACGCACCUAUGCAUAACAAUAGGCAUCUCAAUAUGACGAAAACUGUAAAAUAUAAACCGAAGAAGAAUGCUACGAAAAACCAACAUGGAACCUAUAAUUCUGGAAAUUUCAGAAGAAAUCAGCUCCUAAGCAAUAAGAACAAUGCAUUUUAUUUUGCAGAAAAAUUAAAAGUUAUCGAUCAUGAUUUAAAAAAAAACUUGUAUCCUGUGAAAAGUCGAUGUUCAAAACAAUAUGAAAUUGAGAAACGAAUUUCUAUCGAUAAACGUAAUUCAAAAAUUGAGAAAUUUCUUAAUAAGUAUAGAGAAAGAAAACGCUUCAAAAACAAAUGCAUAAAAAAAGAGCAGGCAAUGUCCAUUUCAAGUGGUAUAUCUCAAUCAGUUUCUACAUUACGGGAACCUAUAUCUAUGUAUAUCAGAGCUGAACAGUCUGCACCAAAUAUGAGCAAAUUACAAAUGCAAAGUAGACUUAAGAAUGAAAUCGAUGAAAUGAAAAAAAUUAACGUGAACAGAAAAUUAAAUAUUCACGCGGUUACUGAAUUAAAGCAAAAAAAUAAAACUUGUGUUAAAUUGGUUAACAAAUCAAAAAACCGUCGAUUUUUAGGCAAUUUAAUGUUAACUCUUUCUCAAGAGGAAAUUAAGGACAAAACAGAAAAAAAUAACACAUAUAACCAAAAUAUUUCCACAAAAAAUAUUUCUGUAACAAAUAUGAGUAAUAAAACAAAAUUUAUUCUUUUUCCAUAUAAAAACACUCCAUUCGUAAGAAUAUCCCACACAGGCAACCCUAAUGAUAGUAGUAAUAACAGAAUUGUUUAUAGAGAAGAUUCAAAAGUGAAGAGGAAUAAUAUCAAUAAGGAAACAUUCACAGGACAAAACCUUAACAUGACGAAACGUAGUUAUCUUAUCAAAUGUCACUACACAAAAAUGUAUAAACAACACAAACAUCGACCAAGUAAGAAUUUAGUGACUACUGAAAGCCGAAUAAAUAAUAAGUUGAAUAAUUUUAAAAAACAUAGCGUAUGUGACGAUUUGGAAAGGGGUAAAAAACCAAGGCAAGAUUUUUCUAAACCCUCAUCCACCAUUAUAGAUAAUGUUAAUCAUUCAGAUAAGGGACGUUAUCCGGUAAAAAUCAAAAUUGUAACACGACCCUUUGUUGCCAGACAUAGAGAAAUUCGAAAACGUAAUGGUUGUAAAGUCUUAUAUAAAAAAAAUGUAAAGUCACAUAACAUAGGUUCAUCUAUAAGUUUGGGGGUUCCAUUUUCUAAUACUAAUAACAAAUUUAAAGUCUUCGCGGCGCCAUCCUGUCAUUUAAAUUUUUUUGAUAAUGUUUUGAAAACAAAAAAGUCGAAUUAUAAACCUCCUGGAAAUAAUCAUACGAUUUUAAACAAAGGACGUGAUGACAUUAACGUUAGGUUUUCAAAAGAAUAUUUCAUAAAAAGUAGCAGAUCUGACAUUACAGGCGCAAGGCGUUUAUUGAAUAGGUAUUUCUGUACAAUGAAUGUGAGAAUCAAAGGUAAUCUGGAACCGUAUGAGUGUGAACCCGGAUAUUGCAUACCAGGAGAGUGUGAUCCAUACAUAUGUCAGAAACGGAUACAAAAUAGACUGAUGGGAAAUAUUUCAAAGGUGUCUCAAGCGACAAUGUCCCGAUCUAUACCAUUAACUCCCAUUACCAGUAACUCUCCCCAAAUGAGAAAUAAAAUGAUACCUUCAACAAAAACACGUAUUGACCAUCCACAACCUCAGGGAGGUAUUAAGUAUAAGUCUUUACCAAAUAAGCGUCGCAGUCAAGCCGUGAGGGUAGGUUCCACAUUUAGCUUUGACAUUGAGUUCUCUAAAAAACGUGGUCAAGAUGACAAAUUUGCUAAAGACAAAGGACAACCUAAAUACCAAGACUUUCACAAAAAUAAAAUGCAUACUAAAAAUGACCAAAUGUAUCAAAAUAAAAUACAUCCUAAAUAUGAGGACGUUUAUGAUAAAAUAAAUUAUAAAAGCGAUAAAUUUUCUGAAAGCCCUUUACGUUAUAGAGACAAUCGUAGCUUGAAAUAUGACUAUUCUAAAAAUAAACAAUAUUUUAAAGACCAGAGGGUGCACCAGGGAGAAAAUACACAUACAAUUUCCAAACAAAGUAAAUUACAACAAGCGCGUUCACGUUAUAAAACCAGUUCCAUGCCUGCCAAAACUAGUACACCCCAGCAGUCUACCGUAAAGACUUCCGGAAAGAAAUCAAGUACAAGUUCUUCUGUGGAUGAUUGUGUUUGUCUCCGAACGCUAAAAAAAAUAGAAGCAAAAGAAAAUCGUCAGAAAAAGAAAAAAAAGAAAAAGAAAAAUAUUAAGGAUGCAUCAAACACACCCUCCACUCAAACAACCACAAAAAGAUCAAAUAUUGUUGCCAAUAAAGGCAAUCAAUCUACCAAGCCAAAAACUGAUGCAAUAAAAACAAAUAAUCAAGGAAUGACAUCUACUUUCAGCAUGACUACAAACCCAAAACCAGGGACAAAAAUAAGUCAGAUGAAAUCUACACUCUCUAGUCACAUUAGACGUUGUUUUUGUACUUCAAAGAUUCUUGUACCAAAUGGAAAACCCCAGACUGCAUCUACUCAUAAUAGACCUUUAAGAUCUAAAGGUAUAUUGGACUUUAAUGCAUGUGAACCUUUUGUAUGUACUCCGAACAGAUGUAAUCCUUACGUAUGUCUUGAAAUAAAAAGAAAUCGUAACAAAAGGAUAGACACAGAGUAUCCAAAAAAAAUAUCUAUGUCUAACAUAACUAGUAACAAAAGACCAUUUGGCAAAGAAGAAUAUAUUCCGGCACAAAUAUCGGAUCCUGCAAAGUAUGAUAAUUUUGAAACAAACAAACAAACUAAGAUGCCACACGAUACGACGCCGAAAGAACCUAUUCGUCCUAAUUCUUCAAAUUCAUUAGGUAGAAGACAAGCUGUGAGAAUUGGUUCAACGUUUAGUUUUCACAUUGAAUUUUAUAAAGAUAGAUUUCCAAAAACGUCGGAAAUUGCAGCUGCUGCAAAAGCAGUAAAGCGAAAAUCCCAAAAAAUUGGUGGUAAAGAAAAUACAAAACAUAAAGGAUUAAAUACAAAUAAUAAAAUGUUAGAUCAGCUAUCACAAGUCUCAAAAACGAAUACAGAUAAAAGCAUCAGUACUAUGAUGCCCAAAAAAUGUUUUUGUACAUUAAAAAUUAAAAAUCCUUAUAUGUGUGAACAUGGUGUUUGUACACCUGGUGAAUGUAAUCCUCACGAAUGUCUAUUACGUUUACAAAAACGAUAUAUGAAAGAUUCCAGUGUAUUUGCAAAUUUCCCUGAACGACCCAGCGUAGUAUCAAAUACAAGUUCUGUCUCUCAGAAAAUACAAACACAUCGACUAGAAAAAUCAAGUAGAUCAAAAAGUGCAGUUAUGCAAACACAGCGUUCAGCAAAAUCUAAACAAUCAAAAACUGCAGUAAAGAAAUCGAAACGUCCCAAACGUCCAAAACGAAAUCGAGGCAUGCCUUUAAAAAAUGCUGUACGAUUUGGCUCAUCUUACAAGUUCGAUAUCGAAUUUUAUAAAGACACGCAAGAUACAUUUAAUGAGGAAAACUUUGAUGGAAGGAAAUGCAGAGAAGCAAAAGAAUGUAUCUCACAAGAUAAGACAUGCAGGAAGAAGUGCAGAGAUAUAUGUAAUGAAAAAGAAUUUUCUUCACAAGAUUCUGUACCAGUUCAGGACAGAUAUUCACAGCCUUCAGCUCCGAAUAAUUUUCACAAUAGACAUUCUCAAUCUUCAUUUCCGAAAAUGCAUUCAUCAAUGACCGAAACAAAUAUACUUAAGAGGUGCUUCUGUACAUUAAAAUUAAAUUCUUACAAAAAUAACCCACAACAAAUGAGUUCCAGACCAAAUGUUUAUUUUUCCACCGUGCAUAAUAAUUUAUUUGCAUUCGAAACCAAUAUUCAAAAUAAAAACAAUGUAACUAUUAAAAAUAUUAGUAAACAAAUUCAUCAACAAAAUACAAGGCAACGUGAAUCAUAUUCUAAAAACAUAAAUUUCAAUUACAACGUAUCAGAUAAUCAAUUAACUUUCGAAAAUGGAUUUAAGAAGAUCGCAUCAAAUAAUUUUUUAACAAAAAGAGGAAUUAUACAUAAGAAAUGUUUUGAUAAUAAAUAUCAAUUACAACGAAGUGAAUUAUAUCAAAAUGAUUGUAGCGUAAAACGUAAUGAUUUUGGAACAAUAUCAUUGCUUAAUACAUGCUUUUAUGCUAUGGCAUUACAAAAAAUACAAAAAACUAUACCCAAAUCACAAAGAAUAUCAAAAAAAUCACACGAUCGGAAGCUCAAUAAUAAUUUAGAUAAAUUAAAAUAUCCUCAUGACUGCACCACACCAAAAAUAGAAAAAAUACAAAUUCAUUCCAAGAAUAAUAUAUUAUCAAACGCAAGUAAACAAAUUAUUAGACUAGAAAAAAAAGGAGUAAAUUGUUUGAAGCGUUGUUUCUGUACUUUAAAUUUUCAAAACAUCACUCUGAACCAAAGUACACAGAAAACCAUUACCACUAACAGAAAAGAACUAAAAUGUACUGAAGGACUGCCCUGCAAUUCUUCUGAGGUUGCUCAAAAAAGAAGCGGAUUUGACAAUCCAUUGAAUGUACCAGAUAGCAUUCAAAAUAAGUUACAAAAGUACAAUGCCGACCCAAAAAUUACAGAGAUAUUCAUACAUCGAAAAAUUUGCAAAAAUGGCUCCAAAGUACACAACAAUGUGAAAAUCUCAGGUGAGAAUGUUAAUUUAGGAAAUCAUUUUAUGGAACUUAAGUCCCUAAAUUCACGUAAUAGCUCAAAUAGUGCAGAUGACAAAUUUAAAAAACGUACAUUAAAAUCAUCAGGCAUCCAGUCUCUUUUGUGUCGUUGCAAAAAUAUGUUUUGUAAACAUUCUAAGGAUUCGAAAUGUAAUGCCGAUUCGUUUAAAUAUCCUCAGUCAGAUAUUCAAUUAAAAAAGCACGUAUUACAUUCGCCUUUACUAAAAAAAAGAAAACUAAAGAUCACCAAUCAGAAAAAUAAAGAAAUAUCUAAAAACGAUUUCAUGGACGUAAACAAAAAUAAUAGUAAUCUUAUGAACCCGCAAAACUCACAUAUAGGUAUAUUUGAGAGCAAUAUCACUUGCUUGUACUGUCAGGUUCAGAAUGAUAGAGAUAAAAAAACAAAUAUUUACCAAGAUCUUAGCAACAACAAACAAGUUAAAUUUCCAUUUAGAUCUCCAACCCAAGAUAGUGUUCAAGAAGUGCGAGAAGUAAAUGAAAGACACCAAAAUUUUAAUACUAGUGCCCAAUUAGGUGAAAAUAAUUUUUCGGGUGACAAUGAAAACUCAACAAACACCUGUUAUUGCGAACCGAUUUACAAAUCUAAGACCUGUGAUAGAAACAAGCAACAAGAAGUUCAAACUUCAAAUUAUCUUAAGAGAUACUCCUCUCAAACAACGAAUUUUAUUAAUAAAUGCAUGCACGUAUGCAACACCUUCAGGAAUGACCUAUUGAGAAGUGCUAACAAUGUGAUCGUUCCAAACACCGUCGAAAAUUUUGAUGUUACUAAUAAUAAACUAAAAGACACAUAUGCAGAAUUUUGUACACACAAAAGGGAAGCAACAAACCAAGCAUGUAAUAUGUAUACUGGUAUAUGUCAGUGCCAUUUAUCUUGUGCAAAAUCAAUAUGUGAACAUGAUUUUAAAAGAAAAUGUGAUGCUAUUCAUAAUCUAAAGCAUUUAUUUGGCAAUGAUGCUUUUGUGAUGAAUUCAGAAGAUUGUAACGGAGUAAUUUUAGAUCCUCAAACAAAGCAACCGUCUGAUAAAAAAGAUCUGUCAAUUAGUAUAAAUAGAAAGAAAAUACCCAAAGAAUCAAUAUAUACAGAAUCUGGUACAUGCGAGAAAUAUCAUAAAGCCAGGCACGAAAAAAAAGGGACUCAGCAAAUUGAUGCCAAAGACAUCACUAAAUUAAAUGGAUUCAUGAAAUUGCUUGAUACAAGUACUGAUGGUAAUUUAAAAUUUAAAAAGAAAGGUUUGAAACAAAUCAAAUGCAUAAAAUAUGAUAUUACAAAAUCAGCAAAACAAAACAACAGAUUUUCUUAUACUAGUGAUGACCUCAACAACCUACUAGUUAAUGUCUAUAAUGACACUCAAAUCAAAGAUAAUGAAAAAAUACAAAGGAAACAUUUUCAGAAUGGUCUAGAAUCUAGUAAUAAAUAUUAUGCUCAUAAAAAUGGCGGUAAUGCGCAUUGUAGCUGCAGAAAUCAAUAUGAGUAUUAUGGAUGUGGGGUUCAACAAAAAGAAAAACGAGAACAAAUUUAUAAAAAAGCGAAAAAUAUAACGCACUACGGUAUAAAGUCAAAAUGCAGAUACCGUAGCAGUUUAUGUACUACUUGUAAAAUUGCUAGAUCUUCUCUUCAACUAUCAGAGUUUUCGGAGUACUCGUGUGGUGACUCACCUUUUCAACAAGAUGAUGUAUCUAUUACUGAACAACAAAUAUAUACAUUAAAUGCCAAUAAAUUAAAUACUUAUAAUGUUUGUCCAAAUUGUAUAUAUUUACAAAUGACAAACAAUAUUAAAUUUAAUCGUUCUCAUAAAAAACCUAAUUACUUAUGUUCUUGCAAAUCUAGUGGUGAUCGGCCUAUGCAACAAGCAAGCGGAAUAACUUUAAAUUGUUGUCUGUUUUCCACACCGGAAGCGGGUCAAUUAGACGAUCCAGAUAUUGUUUUAGCCACUAAUGUAGAACCCAAUCAAAUUGUAGAAGGUAAAUGUAAAAGAAGAAAAAAAAAUCAUACUAUACAACAAGCAACUAAACAUAAUGAUAGCUCUUGGAAAUAUUAUUGCCCUCAUCAAAAAUAUCCUAAAAAUUUGCUGAUUAAUCAAGAUACUAAUUUAUUAAUGAUGAAAAAUAAAGAUAUUCUUCCCAUUACUGAAGGUCUUAUAGUUAAUACAAAUAAUAUUACAUUGCAACAUAAAAAACAUAAAUUCGACUCAAAUAUAGAAGUCCCAAUCAGUAAAAAGCCAGAAACACCAUUGAAAUGUAAUAAAAUAUUCAGAAAACCUACAUUAAAACAAAGUUCCACACGUAUACGAAAUGAAACAAAAACUGACGCAAUCUUAGCAGAUAAUACCCAUUUACUCAUAGAUUCAAAUAUUGAGAAAAAAAAUCUGACUGAUGACAAAACUUCCAUAAAAAGUUCGAAAACAAAAUGUUUCUGUGAAGUCUUAAACGGUAAUACAUUAAAAGAAAUUACUAUCAAGACGAAUGCACAAAAACCCGAUAAAAGAUGUAUUUACGGAGUUCCAAUUAGUGUAGGUGAUAUAAUUAAACCUAACUUCUGUAAAUCUUCUGAUAGUAAAAAAUGUGCCUGUGAUUUAAAAAAAGAGGGUCUAUUAGAACCUAAUACAAAAGAUAAAUCAAAGCAUCGAUUCGAUAUAAUAGAACAAUCAAUAUUUCAAAGUAAAACAAAACGUCCAAGUUCAAAGCUUAAUGUAGUAUCUGCAAAUAUGCCAGUCACUAAAUACAAAACUGAAAAAAAAACAAAGUCAAAACGUGAACUGGAGUUGAAACCUAAAUCCGAAUCUAAAAAUAUAAACAGAAAAAAUAACAUAAAACUUGAAUCCAAGCUAAGAUCAGAAUCCAAAGCACCUGUUCAAUCUGAAUCUCGGAUCAAACCUACAAUUGUGUCGGGUAUUGAGUCUAAAAUUAAAGGAAUUUCAAAAAAGUCGAAGUUUGAGUCUGAUUUUGAAUCUGAAUCUAAAAUAACUAAUAGGAAGAUAAAAAUAAAUGAGACUAAUAUAGAAUCUAAUUCGAAAUUGAAAUUAAAAAAAGCUAUUGCAUCUGAUGAAUCUUUGACUACAACAUCGAAAGUUAAAAAGUUCGAUAAUCAUUCCUUUUGUCAGUGCUGUUCAAAAAAUGUGAAUGGUUUAAAUUAUGUAUCUGGAAACAAAAUAGUAGAGAACAAAAAGGACCACCAAAAGAAGGUGAAUAAUAAAAAAGUGUCGAAUAAGAAAAAUAAACCAAGAAAAGAUAUAAAAUUUGUUGUUAACCAAAAAAAGAGUCCUGCGAUUAAACGAAGGGAACAAAGUGCAUUUCAACGGUUCCGAAAGCAACUUUGUAAACGCAAAAGUGGACCUUUGAUUGCUAAAACUGACUUGAUCAAGACGAUAGAUGAGGCUUCUGCUUCUGUAGUGUAAGGGGUGAACAGAACAAUGGAAUCACACAAAGAUCGCAGUGGCUUUAGACCUGUGAAAAUAGUUAAAUCUCGAACAAAACAGCCAAUAGAAUUUGUGUGCAAUUUAUUCAUGGGUUCUCUCAGAAAGAGACCAUGGCUUUCUGCCUAUUACAUGUGUCCAUGGUUCUCCUCCCUCAUUGCGUUAGUUUCUUGAAUAUUGGGAGACAAUUUUCCGUUGUAUUCUUGUUUAUGUUAAGAGUUUGGAGUUCUCUUAUUCUGGUAUUGAGAUGUGUAAGGCUUUUUUUGUAUUGUGCUUUCUGUACCGGUUAAUAAGUAAUACAACGAAAUUAUAUUUUUAAGUAAUACAUUUUAUUUCAUGACUAA